UGUUUUUUUCGUUGUAUGUUCAAGAAAUCUGCUGAACUAGCGGCCUUCGAAAAUAUAUUUUCGGUAAUUAAUUGUGUCUGUGGAGCCUUCGCGAUGGAUGCUGUUACGGGUGAAUCAGCUGCAGAGAUCCCCAAUGUGCGACCUGUGAAAUGUCGAUUUAACGCAACAUCCGAUUUGGCACUUCUGGAUUUGAUUAAACACUACAAUCCCUACGUUUCCGACAACAAAACUGCUGCAUGGAAAGAUGUUGUGCGUGCGCUUAAUGAAACGAAGAUUUUCGUGAAGCCUGUUACUGACAGAGGCGUGAAGGAGCGCUUUGCGAACCUGGUAGCCUGGUUUAAGGCACAAGACUUACGCAACAAAAGCCGUAGCGGAACAGAAGAACAGUACGGAAAAAUGGAAGCUCUUCUCACAGAGUUGUGCGAGCUCAUCAAAGGAUGUGAAGAAGCAGAAGCGGAGAAAAAGCGCGCAGCCACGGAAGCUCAGAAAGAACGCCAGGAGAUAUCGAAGGUUAUGAAAGCUGCAGGUGAACACGGUCGCAACAUUCCCACGGACGAAGAAGAUCACCUCCAACUAGCUACUGGUGCAGCGACUUCGUCGGCAACAUUGAAUAAAGACGACUGGAUGAAAGAAACAGGUGGCGAUGAGCGAGACUGGGAAGACGAGGUGAAAUCCCGCGAAAAUUCACAAAUUAGUUUUUCGAAAAAGCGGAAAAUGUCGCCACGCAAGUUCCGGCUGGGUAAAUCUCCCAAGAAAGCGGAGGAUAAAAAGCUUCGAACCUCCCGCUCGAACGCUGCUCGUUCGCAACACGCCGAAUCUGACGACAAAUGGCUGGAUUAUUUUAAGAAUUCUGACGCAGAACGACUAGAAUUUGAAAAGAAAAGGGCUGCUGACGAACUCGCGAUCAAAACAAAAACUGCGGAAGAUGCCAAAGAGAUUCGCCUUAAAGAACUGGAAGUGGAAAAACUGCGUCUUCAAGUAGAACUUAAAAAACUGGAGAACGAUAAAUUGUCGGACAAAAAUUUUGGGCUAUAA